AUGGCUCCGCUCCCCCCUGACAGAUGCACUAUUACACCAGCAUUUCACGUGACUGGUAUAGAUUUUGCAGGACCUUUUGAAAUUAAGGUUUCAUCCCUGCGCCGAUCCCCUCUCCUGAAAGGCUAUGUGAGCAUUUUCGUGUGCUUCGCUACCAAGGCCGUACAUUUAGAGCCAUGUUCCGAGCUCUCCACAGCAGCAUUUGAAGCCGCAUUCUCUCGUUUCCUUGGGAGGCGAGGCCUACCUAGAAAGGUAGUGUCUGAUAAUGGGAGAAAUUUCGUAGGGGCCAGUCGCAAAAUGCUUAGAGAAUUUAGAAGUUUUAUUCAGGUGGCGGCAAGCGACAUUGCGGAAAAAUAUGCUACACAGGGUUUCGAGUGGCAGUUCAUACCCCCUCAUGCUCCACAUAUGGGUGGCCUUUGGGAGUCGGCUGUUAAAUCUUUCAAGCACCAUUUCAAAAGAGUAGCUGGGGCUCAUUUGUUUACCUUCGAGCAGUUUUCGACCGUCCUUGCUCGAAUUGAAGGAGUUCUAAACUCACGGCCCAUCUCCGCUAUCUCUGAGGAUCCUAAUGAUCUCACAGCCCUAACACCCGGACACUUUUUGAAAGGUGCUCCAAUCAUGGCAUUUCCCGAGCCUAGUGCUGAUGACAUUUCCCUGGUGAAUAGGUGGUUGAAGCUUAAGGCAAUCCAUCACCAGUUUGCUAUACGAUGGAAGGAAGAAUAUCUGAGGACGCUACAGAAGCGAUAUAAAUGGAAAACCACUUCACCCAACAUAAGGGUCGGCGAUCUUGUGGUCGUAAUGGAUGAUCUACUACCGCCUAGCGAAUGGCGAUUAGGAAGAGUGGCCAAGACUCACAAUGGUUCGGACAAGAACAUUAGGGUAGCCGACAAAUCCUAG